UCGACAGUUGACAACAACACGUGUUGUCGUGCAAUCCUUGAAUUCAUUCGGAAUUCUUUUUAUUUAACACCGGAUAUUUUUUUGAACAACCUUCCUAGGCGACAGACGAGGAGAAGUUUUUGGUGUAGUUUCUUUUGGGAGCUCCAGAAUAUUUUUUGAAGUUAUUGAGAUUUUCCCUCAAAUCCCCAAAAAUGGACGAAAUAACAAAAGACCCGCGCUUUUCGCACGUCCCAAAGGACCCAAAAUUCCGUCGUAUUCCAAAGGCCGAAAAAAAAAUUAAAAUCGACAGACGCUUCCAGUCAAUGUUCAAAGACAAAAACUUCAAGGUAACCUACACAAUCGAUAAACGCGGGAGACCCCUGAAGAAGUCCUCAGCCGAGGACCUCGAGAAGUACUAUGAUCUUUCCUCCUGCAGCGAGGACGAAUCCGUCCAAUCAUCCCCUACAAAAUCCAAAAGCAAAAAAGGCCCUCAAAAAAAAUCUCCCAGGGUGAAAGAGCCUAAAGUUGCUCUAAAAGAUCCCGAUAAUCAAUCAGAACAAUCAGAUACUGAUGGACAAUCAGAGGAAACAGCAGAUACUGAUAAUGAAACUCAGUUGAACGUGAGGAGAAAGAACGAGAGCACAAAGUUAUCCAGCGAGAUAAAGAAUAAAUUGAAGGAUUUGUCUGUGGAUUAUGCCAGGGGAGAGGGAACCCUCCUCUCGGACAGUUCCUCCGACGAUGAGUCCUCGGAGGAAUCCGAGGAGGAUGAGGGGAUCGAGCACAUGUGGGGGGAGCUCGACCGAGAAGCCGAGACGACGGAGGAGGUGACUACAAGGUUGGCUGCAUGCAACAUGGAUUGGGACAGGAUUCGUGCGGUUGACCUGAUGGUCCUCUUCACGUCAUUCCUCCCUCCAGGGGGUCUCAUCCACUCAGUGACGAUUUAUCCAUCCGAAUUCGGGCUGGAGAGGCUGAGGGAAGAGGAAAUGAAAGGCCCAAUCGAACUGCGAGACCUCGAAAACUCGGACGACACGAGGUCCGAAGGGGAUGACGACGAGGAGGGGAAGGAAUUUCGCAGGGAAAAACUUCGUCAGUACCAGCUCAAUAGGUUGAAGUACUACUACGCAGUUAUUAUCUUCGACUCGAAGGAGAGCGCCAACAAAAUUUACACGGAGUGCGACGGACACGAGUACGAGUCGACAGCUACCAAGAUUGAUUUGCGAUUCAUCCCAGAAGACAUGGAAUUCGAGCAGGAGCCGAAAGAAGUUUGCGAUAAGCUUCCAGAUGUGUCCAAGUACCAGCCGAGACAGUUUACCACUACUGCUCUGCAGCAGGUGAAGGUCGAAUGCACGUGGGACGAGACGAAAUUGGAUCGAGUGGAGAUUACGAAGAAGAUUAACUCGGGCAAGAUUGAUGAUAUUGAUGAGAGUGAUAUUAAGACGUAUCUGGCGAGUGGAAGCAGUGAGGAUGAGUCUGAUGCUGAAGAUGGAAAGACUGGAGAAGACAAUGAGAGCGAAAAAAAUCCCCUGGAGAAAUACAAAUCUCUGUUGAAAUCGAUAGAGCAACAGGAGGAAGAUAAAAAGAAGAAAGAGGGAGAUCUGGAGUUCACGUGGGGGUUAGGAACGAAAGAGAAAGCGGAGAAAUUGGUGGAGAAGAGGAUGAAAGAGUCGGAGAAGCUGACGCCUUUCGAGCAGUUCCUGGAGAAACGAAAGGAGAAAAAGAAAGCGAAGAGAGAAGGAAAAAAGAAAAUUCAAGAUUCAGAGGAGUUAAGGGAGUGUUCUGAUAGUGAGGACUCGAUACCCUCUGACGUCGAUAUGAAUGACUCGUAUUUCGCUGAAGAGAUGAAGAACUCGGGACCCGAGGAGAAGAAGCAGUCGAAGAAGAAGUCCAAGGGUAAAGAACAUGAAAAUAGUGGGGACGAUGAGGACGCAGCCCAGAGGAAAGCAGAACUAGAGCUGUUGUUGCUGGAUAAGGAGGAUCAGCAAAAACAUCACUUUGAUAUGAAGAAGAUUGAGGAGAGUGAGGUGCUGACGAAAUCGAAAAAGAAACGAAUGAACAAGAAGAAGAAGGAGCUGGUGCAGAAAGCGGUAGAAGACGAGUUCGAGGUGAACGUCGAGGAUCCUCGGUUCAACGCACUGUUCACCUCCCAUCACUUCAACAUCGAUCCUGCUGAUCCGCAUUAUAGGAAAACGAAGGGCACUGAGGCACUGGUGAAGGAGAAACUGAAGAGGAGAGCCAAUGACGAAAUCGAGGAGACCACAUCUGCGAAGCAGCCCAAGAGCGACAAAAACCGAACGAUGACUCCUGAUCUGGCGGCCCUCAUUAAAUCCGUAAAAAGAAAUACGAAAAAUAUUUCGAGGCCAAUAAAAUAAAAUGCUAUGAUUGUGAUUCAAAAAUUUGUUGAAAUAUAUUAGUUUUUUUUAAUGGAAA